UUGGAAUGGCAAAGGAAAGAAGCCUCCCUGACUCUGGCCUCAAAGAAUUCAGUUCAGAGUGGAGAGUCGGACAGUGAUGAAGAGGAAGAAUCAAGGGAACCUCCAAUUAAACUACCUAAGAUCAUAGGAAUUGGACUUUGUGGUGUAUUUGAGCUUAUCAAAGAAACUCGAUUCUCUCAUCCUGCAUUGUGUCUGAGAAGUUUACAGGCUCUACUUGAUAUGCUUCAAGGACAACAGCCAGAAGGUCUCCAGUCAGAACCACCCGAUGUUCUAGAAUCUCUCUUCCAUUUAUUGUUAGAAACAACAAUAAGAAGCACUGGAAUGGCAGACAAUAUCAGCCAGUCACUGACUGCUUUAUCUUGUGCCUGCCUCUUCAGUUUGGUCGUUGCUUGGGGAGAAACAGGCAAGAUUCUACAAGCUGUGUCAGCAAUUCUUACCAGUAAUGGCAGCCAUGCUUGCCAACCCAUUCAGGUGCCAACCAUUCUAAAUGCUCUCCAAAGGAGUGUGCAAGCUGUCUUAGUUGGAAAAGUUCAAAUACAGGACUGGUUCACUAAUGGAAUAAAGAAGGUAGCUUUAAUGCACAAAUGGAUUCUUAAGGAGAUAUUUACAGAUGAAGAUGAUUGGUGUCUAUUGCAGAGUGAUGGCUCAUUCUUGUAUCUGUUGGCUAAAGAUGGACUAUACAAAAUUGGUUCAGGUUACAGUGGGACAGUCAGGGGCCAUGUAUACAACUCUACAUCACGCAUAAGGAACAGGAAGGAUAGAAAGUCAUGGCUAGGGUUUGCACAGGGUUCUCUCCUAUAUAGGGAUUUAAAUAAUCACAAUAUGACAGCGAUAUCCAUAAACCCAGAAACCUUAGAGCAAGAAAGCACAGUUAAUCUUCCAGGUUGCCAGGCUGAAGGACAGAAUAUCCUCUUCACAGAUGGAGAAUACAUCAAUCAAAUUACAGCAUCAAAAGAUGAUGGUUUUGUAGUGCGAAUAUAUGCAACAAGCACUGAGCCUGUACUUCAACAGGAACUGCAGCUCAAGCUAGCCAGGAAGUGUCUACAUGCUUGUGGUCUCUCCUUGUUUGAUCUUGAGAAAGAUUUGCACAUUAUAAGUACAGGAUUUGAUGAGGAGUCAGCUGUUGUAUCAGCAGGCAGAGAGUUUGCACUAAUGAAAACUGCUAAUGGAAAGAUGUAUUAUACUGGAAAAUAUCAGAGCCUUGGAAUCAAACAAGGAGGUCCGACCGCAGGAAAAUGGGUUGAACUACCAAUCACCAAAUCACCAAAGAUUGUACAAUUCUCGGUGGGCCAUGAUGGCUCUCAUGCCUUAAUGGUGGCUGAAGAUGGAAGUGUUUUCUUCACUGGUUUAGCUAGUAAAGGAGAGGAUGGUGAAUCAGCUAAAAGCAGACGCCAACCAAAACCUUAUAAGCCAAAGAAAAUGAUCAAAAUGGAAAGUAAAACAGCAGUCUAUACAGCAUGUAACAAUGGGAGUAGUGCUAUCACCACAAAGGAGGGAGAACUGUACAUGUUCGGCAAAGAUGCUGUUUACUGUGACAACUCAGGUCUUGUGACCGAGUUGAAGGGUCACUUUGUGACGCAAGUUGCCAUGGGUAAAGCUCAUGCCUGUGUAUUGACUAAGAAUGGAGAAGUUUGGACAUUUGGUGUGAACAAUAAAGGACAGUGUGGACGGGAGACUGGUGCACUCUGUCAAGGUGGGAAAGGUUUCAAUGUGGAAAACAUGGCAACAGCAAUGGAUGAAGAUUUAGAAGAGGAGCUGGAUGAUAAAGAUGAAAAAUCCAUUAUGUGCCCUCCUGGAAUGCAUAAAUGGAAGCUGGACCAGUGCAUGGUUUGCACUGUGUGUGGAGACUGCACAGGUUAUGGAGCCAGUUGUGUCAGCAGUGGGCGACCAGACAGAGUUCCUGGAGGGCUCUGUGGAUGUGGGUCUGGUGAGUCUGGUUGCGCUCUAUGCGGUUGCUGUAAGGCCUGUGCCCGAGAACUUGAUGGACAAGAGGCAAGGCAGAGGGGAAUUCUUGAUGCUGUUAAAGAGAUGAUCCCCUUAGAUCUACUUUUAGGACCUGUCCCACCAGGUGUUAAUAUAGAAGAACAUAUUCAACUAAGACAAGAAGAGAAAAGACAACGGUUGAGUAGAAGGCACAGACUAGAAGAAGUGAGAGGCCCCAUUGUAUUUCCUGGUCCCAUUUAUUUGAACCAUCGAGAACAGGCCAUAGCCAGACUAAGACCCCUUCCAUCAAAGCUAAAGCAUAAACGGGACAAGCAUAAAGAUGCCAAUGGAGAAAGGGGGGAGAAAGACACCAGCAAAAUUACAACAUAUCCUCCAGGAGCUCUAUGUCUUGAUUAUGAGCUCCAAGCAGUCCAGGUUAGCUGUGGAUUCCAUCACUCAGUGAUUCUGAUGGAGAAUGGCGAUGUAUAUACAUUUGGAUAUGGGCAACAUGGACAAUUGGGACAUGGAGAUGUAAAUUCAAGAGGGGCACCCACUUUGGUACAGGCCUUACCAGCUCCUUGCACCCAAGUAACUGCAGGCAGCAACCAUACAGCUCUAUUAUUAGCAGAUGGACAAGUCUUCACGUUUGGAAGCUUCUCUAAAGGACAACUUGGUAGACCAAUUUUGGAUAUACCUUUCUGGAACACCAGACCAUCUCCAAUGCCAAAUAUAGGUUCAAAGUAUGGCCGUAAGGCUACCUGGUUAGGUGCAAGUGGAGACCAGACCUUCCUACGCAUUGAUGAGGCGCUUAUCAACUCUCAUGUUUUGUCAACUUCAGAAAUAUUUGCCAGCAGAAACAUUAUAGGUUUGGUACCUUCAUCCAUAACUGAGCCACCACCCUUUAAAUGUCUGUUAAUCAAUAAGCUGGAUGGAAGCUGCAGGACAUUUAAUGAUUCUGAACAAGAAGACUUACGAGGUUUUGGAGUUUGCUUGGAUCCCGUGUAUGAUGUAAUUUGGAGGUUCAUGCCAGGUCCAAAAGAAGUUUGGUGUUAUAAUGCAGUUACGGCAGAUGCCAGGCUUCCUGCAGCAUCUGAAAUGCACAACAGAUGUUGUAUUCUGAGCCCUGAACUUGCCUUACCAGCAGGGUCUAGAGCAUAUACCACAAGAUCUCAUGGGGCUUUGCACAUUCUAGGUUGUUUGGAUACGUUAGCUGUUAUGCAAGAUCUGAAAAUGGGUGUCACCAACACAGAGGAGGAGAUCCAAGCAGUUACUAAAGUGUACUCCAAAGAAGACUAUAGUGUGGUUAAUAGAUUUGAAAGCCAUGGAGGUGGAUGGGGAUAUUCUGCUCAUUCUGUGGAAGCCAUUCGCUUUUGUGCGGAUACAGAUAUAUUACUUGGAGGCCUUGGCCUGUUUGGUGGCAGAGGUGAAUACACAGCAAAAAUAAAGCUGUUUGAGCUGGGACCUGAUGGAGGAGAUCAUGAAAUUGAUGGUGACCUGCUGGCAGAAACUGAUGUUCUGGCAUAUGACUGUGCUGCAAGAGAGAAAUAUGCAAUGAUGUUUGAUGAGCCUGUGGUGUUGCAGGCUGGUUGGUGGUAUGUGGCUUGGGCUCGGGUUUCAGGGCCAAGUAGUGAUUGUGGCUCUCAUGGUCAGGCUUCCAUCACCACUGAUGAUGGAGUUGUUUUUCAGUUUAAAAGUUCCAAGAAAUCAAACAAUGGAACAGAUGUGAAUGCGGGUCAAAUUCCACAGUUGCUGUACAGGUUACCAUCAAAUGAUGGAAACUCAGGAAAAGGAAAACAGCAACCAAGUGAGCCAGUGCAUAUUUUGAGAAGAUCAUUUGCAAGGACUGUCUCAGUGGAAUGUUUUGAGUCAUUGCUGAGCAUUCUACAAUGGAGUUGGACAACCCUGGUAUUGGGAGUGGAGGAGCUGCAGGGCUUAAAAGGCUUUCAAUAUACAGCCACUCUGCUGGACUUGGAACGACUAAAGUUUGUUGGGACUUGUUGCCUGCGACUGCUGCGUGUCUACAUCUGUGAGAUAUACCCUAUAUCAGUUGGUACUAAAGCAGUGAUAGAAGAAACAAGCAAGCUAGCAGAAUGUGUUGGAAAGACGCGAUCGCUCCUGAGAAAGAUUUUAUCAGAAGGAAUUGAUCAUUGUAUGCUGAAACUUGACAAUGAUCCCCAUGGCUACCAUUCGCAACCAAAGACUCUAUUGGAAGCUGUUCUUCAGGAAUGCCACAACACAUUUACAGCCUGCUUUCAUUCCUUUUAUCCUACCCCUGGAUUGCAAUGGGCUUGUCUUUGUGACCUGCUUAACUGCCUAGAUCAGGACAUACAGGAGGCUAACUUCAAAACAUCAAGUAGUCGGUUACUUGCAGCAGUCAUGUCUGCAUUGUGCCACUCUUCAGUCAAGCUGACUACAAUCCUUCCUAUUGCUUACGAUGGUGAAGUGUUGCUUCGGUCCUUGGUGAAGCAGAGUAGCACAGAGAAUGAAUCAGCUAUGGUUCACAGAUUUGCCCUAUUAGUCUCUCAUAUGGAGAAACUCAGCCAGAUUGAAGAAAAUAUUACAAGUAUGACCAGUUUCCGAGAAGUUCUUGAAAAGAUGUUGGUCAUCGUAGUGCUUCCAGUUCGAAAAAGUCUUAGAAGAGAGGUCGAACUCUUCUCUCCUCUCCUUGUGUCCAAUACUUGUGGUCUCCUUGCCAGUAUAGUCAGUGAACUCACUGCAUCAGCACUGGGAACUGAGGCUGAUGGAUUAAGUUCCCUUCAUUCUGUGAAAGCCACACCAAAUCGGUUUGUUAAAACCAGUCAAGGACGAAGUUGGAACACUGGUAAUGGGUCUCCAGAUGCAAUCUGCUUCUCUGUCGACAAACCUGGAGUAGUUGUGGUAGGAUAUCAUGUAUAUGGAGGAGGUGGCAUUCAUGAAUAUGAACUGGAAAUGCUGGUUGAUGAUAGUGAACACGCUGGUGAUUCAGCACAUUCUCACAGGUGGACUUCCUUAGAACUAGUAAAAGGGACUUAUAGCACCGAUGACUCCUCUAGUGACACAGCAGAAAUCAGAUUAGAUAAAGCAGUCCCUUUAAAGGAAAAUGUCAAGUAUGCAGUUCGUCUAAGGAACUAUGGAAGUCGUACUGCAAAUGGAGAUGGAGGAAUGACAACAGUUCAAUGCCCUGAUGGUGUAACCUUCACUUUCAGUACCUGUAGCCUCAGCAGUAAUGGAACUAAUCAAACUCGAGGUCAAAUCCCUCAGGUACUUUAUUACAGAAGUGAGUUUGAUGGAGAUCUACAAUCACAGCUGCUUAGCAAAGCCAAUGAAGAAGAUAAAAACUGCAGCAGGGCCCUUUCUGUUGUUUCUGCAGUUGUUCGUGCAGCUAAGGAUUUGUUGCACAGGGCCCUGGCUGUAGAUGCGGAAGAUAUUCCAGAACUACUCAGCUCUUCCAGUCUGAUAUCUAUGCUGCUUCCACUUAUUUUGGCUUACAUUGCACCAGUGGCUGCUAAUGUCCCAAAAGCUGCCGUUGAAGUUUUUGGUCUUGUCCAGGAGCUUCUGCCUCCAGUUGCAACAUUGAACCAAAAAUAUGCCCCACCUGCCUUUAAUCCUAAUCAGUCAACAGACAGUGCAACAGGCAAUCAACCUGAACAAGGCCUCUCUGCUUGUACUACUUCUAACCAUUAUGCUGUGGUGGAGAGUGACCAUCCUUAUAAACCAGCUUGUGUCAGUCAACUGAAGGUAACUUUUCCAGAUUGUGUCAGGUGGAUGACUAUCGAAUUUGACCCACUGUGUGGUACUGCACAACCAGAAGAUGUGCUCCGUUUGCUGAUUCCAAAUAAAACUUUGCAAAGUUCAGGAUUUGGACCUAAAAGUACAAGCCAUGAUGGUCUAAAUUCAUGGAUAGAAUUGAAAAAAUUUUCUGGCUCCACUGGAUGGCCAACUACAGUCCUUAUUUUGCCAGGAAAUGAUGCUAUUUUCUCUUUGGAGACUGCAUCAGACUAUGUAAAAGACGAGAAGGCCAGUUUUUAUGGUUUCAAGUGUGUUGCUGUGGGUUAUGAAUUCAGUCCUGGACCUGAUGAGGGAAUUCUACAAUUAGAAAAGGAAUUGGCGUACCUUGGAAGUAUGUGUGCAGCGUCACUAAUGAAAAAAGACCUUGCACUUCCUAUGGGAAAUGAAUUGGAGGAGGAUCUUGAAAUUCUUGAAGAAUCAGCUCUGCAGGUGUGUAAAAACCAUGCCGGUUUAUUAGGAAAGGGACUUGCUUUGUCUCAUUCACCAACUAUAUUGGAGGCACUGGAAGGUAAUCUUCCCCUCCAUCUGCAAAGCAAUGAGCAUUCUUUCUUAGAAGACUUUGUUGCAUGCUUACCUGGGUCUAGUGGUGGACGACUUGCAAGGUGGCUUCAACCGGAUUCUUAUGCAGAUCCUCAGAAAACCUCCCUGAUAUUAAAUAAGGACUACAUCAGAUGUGGCUGGCCUGCUACCAUCACUGUCCAAACCAAGGACCAAUAUGGAGAUGUAGUUCAUGUUCCAAACCUGAAGGUUGAGGUGAAAGCUGUUCCUCUUUCUCAAAAGAAGUCUAUGCAACAGGAGAACACUAAAAAACUGCACCGUAUCCCUGGCAGUCCUCCAACUGUUGUACCAUGUACUGAUCUGACGUUCGGUGGAUUGCCGUCUCCCAAACUGGAAGUGUCUUAUGAACCAAUGAUAGUUAAAGAAGCUCGGUAUACUGCAAUCACUAUGAUGAAGGCAUACGAAAAUUACUCAUUUGAAGAGCUUCGAUUUGCAUCUCCCACUCCAAAAAGACCAAGUGAAAAUAUGUUAAUUCGGGCUAACAAUGAUGGAACUUACAGUGCUAACUGGACACCUGGAGCUGUAGGUCUUUACACUAUCCAUGUCACGAUAGAUGGGAUUGAAACAGAUGCUGGCCUUGAAGUAGAAGUGAAAGACCCUCCCAAAGGAAUGAUACCACCAGGAUCUCAAAUGGUCAAACCAAAAGCUGAACCACAGCCAAGCAAGGUCCGCAAAUUUGUGACAAAGGACAGUGCAGGGCUUCGUAUACGUAGCCAUCCCUCUCUCCAGAGUGAGCAGAUAGGCAUAGUGAAGGUCAAUGGAACCAUCACUUUCAAUGAUGAGAUCCAUAAUGAUGAUGGUGUAUGGCUGAGACUGAAUGAUGAGACUGUAAAGAAGUAUGUUCCCAACAUGAAUGGUUACACUGAAGCCUGGUGCCUCUCUUUUAACCAACACCUGGGCAAGAGCCUUCUGGUCCCUGUUGAUGAGCCUAAAUCCAUCACUGAUGAUUACUUCAGAGAAGUAAAUUCACGUCGGUCCCAUGAAGUAGUGUUGAAAGAGCAGGAAAAGAUGUUCCUGCAAGGCGGACCAGGAGUAUAUAAGGUAGUGAAGACUGGGCCUUCAGGGCACAACAUCAGGAGCUGCCCUAACCUUAGAGGUAUCCCCAUUGGAAUGUUAGUUCUUGGGAACAGAGUCAAGGCAUUAGGCGAGGUGGCAAAUCACGAGGGCAUAUGGAUCCAGCUAGAUAAGAACACCAUGGUGGAAUUCUGUGAAAGCGGUGAAGGUGAGGCCUGGUCCUUAGCCAGAGACCGAGGUGGUAAUCAGUACCUCAGACACGAAGAGGUAUCUUGUAGCUGCAUCUGUCUUCAGUCUGGUGAUAACUAUUUAAUCUGCAGAGCUCAUUUUCUAAAAACAGAACAAGCACUGCUGGAUCAAGCACCUCAAACACCACCACCUAGUCCUUUCACAGCUCCUGCUUUCAACAGGAGUGCAAGUGGAAACAAUACUCAAGGAUUUGACUACAGUCUUGCAAAUGCUAAAGAUGAAAUCACUGCAGACCUUGGCAUAGGAUCAUUCACUGAGCCUGGUGAUCAACUGAGUGCCAUACUGAAUACCAUUCAGUCACAGCCUUUCUUUACAGCUUCUAGCGUCUUUGGUCAAGCUGCAAAGCCUUCCUCCUCCCUUGUUCACAGCCCAUUUGUGUUUGGACAACCCCUUUCCUUGCCGCAGUCUCAACCUCAGCUUCUGAACCCUUCAUCACGCAGCCUUGCCUCACGUGAGCGCUCAUGCAAAAGUAAUGGUCCUUCAGGGCCUGGGUCAGGUGUCUGCUCUGUGUCUCUGAAGUCAAAGGGUGAGAAAGGAAGUGUUGUUUCCGGAAGACUAUCUGGAACCUUUGAUUUGUCCUGCAAACACAAAACUGAAAAUCGAUUGCAGAAGAUUGAAGGUCGGAUCAACAAGGCUGCUGCAGAGCAAACAAAGACAAAAAAUGCAGAAAAUUUGUCUGCAAACGAAUCCCUUAUGCUUAAAUCAGACACUGCCAAAUUGAGAUCAGACUCUCAUAGUAGAUCCCUUUCUCCAAAUCAUAACACGUUACAGUCACUAAAAACAGACGAGAAGAUCACUGCUGGACUAAGGGCAGAGUCACCAACACCAGGAUCACGUUCAGUGUUGUCAAAACAAAAGUUAUCAUGUGGGAAAGGCAGCCCAUCGAGCCCUAAUUCUCCAAGGCCAUCUUCUCCUCAUGAGCGAAACUUAAUUCAUAAAGCCAACACGGCGACAAAAAUUAGAUUGGAUCCACCACGAGAGAGAUCAAAAUCUGACUCCUACACUUUGGAUCCUGAUACAGUCCGUAAGAAAAAAGUUCCUCUGAUGGAGCCUCUGCGAGGUCGAUCAACUUCACCUAAACCAAAAUUACUCCACAAGGAGGCAAAAACUGCUGCCAACACAGAGAACAGAACGCCAUCCCCUCAGGUAGUGCAAGAAAAUCUUCACAGUGAGAUAGUUGCGAUUUGUACAUCUAGCACACUGACAACAACCAGUAAUUCACAUGCAGUUUCUGAAAAAAUAGCUGAAACGCAGAAUCCUGAUGACUCCUCACCAAAAGUCCACUUCAGCAUAGGAAAAGCCCCACCCAAAGAAGAGCAGGAAACUAGGUCAUCUCCUAAAAUGAGUCGGAAGAUUACUGGCAGACACACUAGACCCAAGAAGGAGAAAAUGGGAGCCAUUUUCAAGGAUGAAAGUAAUUGUUCUGCUGAACCACCAAAGCAAGCAAUGUCACCAUCUGUUGCAGAAUGUGCUCGUGCAGUAUUUGCAGCUUUCCUGUGGCAUGAAGGGGUUGUCCAUGAUGCAAUGGCAUGUUCAUCUUUCUUGAAAUUCAAUCCGGAUCUCAGUAAAGAGUAUGCGCCAAUGAGAAGCAGUCUUCACAGCCAACAAGGUAUUGAAGAAAGAGAGACUAAGUUAAAGAAUAGGCAUUCAUUGGAAAUAUCAUCUGCUUUAAACAUGUUCAAUAUUUCUCCACAUGGUCCAGACAUAUCAAAAAUGGGCAGCAUUAAUAAAAACAAGGUGCUCUCAAUGCUUAAAGAGCCCCCACUGCCUGAAAAAAAUGAAGAUGGAAAGUCCGAUUCAAUGGGCUAUGAAACUAUGAGCCAUCAUUCUAUGAAGAAUAGAUCCCCUUUGCCUCUUACUUUGCAGCAUCUUGUUGCCUUUUGGGAGGAUAUUUCAAUGGCAACCAUAAAAGCAGCCACACAGAAUAUGAUCUUUCCUAGCCCUGGUUCAAGUGCCAUCUUGAAGAAAAAAGAAAAUGAAAAAGAUAACAAAAAGAGUAAGAAAGAAAAGAAGAAAAAAGACAAAGCAGAGGCAAGACCCAGAGGAAAUCUUUUUGGAGAAAUGGCACAACUAGCAAUGGGAGGCCCUGAGAAAGACACUAUAUGUGAGCUGUGUGGUGAAUCUCAUCAGUAUCCAGUAACCUAUCACAUGAGACAAGUUCAUCCAGGCUGUGGUCGCUAUGCUGGAGGACAGGGUUAUAAUAGCAUUGGUCACUUCUGUGGUGGAUGGGCAGGGAACUGUGGUGAUGGAGGUGUUGGAGGAAGCACCUGGUAUCUUGUAUGUGAUCGUUGCAGAGAAAAAUACCUCCGGGAGAAACAAGCUGCAGCACGUGAAAAGGUUAAACAAGCCAGAAAAAAGCCUGUGCAAGUGAAGACCCCAAGAGCUCUGCCCUCUAUGGAAGCUCAUCAAGUGAUUAAAGCAAAUGCCGUGUUUUUGCUGUCACUGAGUAGUGCAGCAGAACCAAAUAUUCUUUGCUACCAUACCCCAAGACCUUUUUACUCACAUCUUCCAAGUUUGAAAGAAGGCAUUUCUGAUGAUAUGCCCAGUAAAUAUCCAUGCCUUUAUCUACAGACGCUUGCAAGACAACAUUCAGAGAACUUUCAUGGUUACCAUGAUGAUCACCUGUUUCAAGAUGAAAUGAGAUACCUUCGUUCCACCUCGGUUCCAGCGCCAUACAUAUCUGUCACACCAGAUGCCUGCCCUCAUGUAUUUGAUGAGCCUGAAACUAACUUGAAGUCUAUGCCUCCCAGUCUUGAAACAAGCCCAAUAAUGGAAAAUGAUACAACAAAACGUAGCGUCUUUCAGAGAUCAUACUCCGUUGUUGCAUCAGAAUAUGACAAGCAGCAUUCUACUUCACCAGCCCGUGUGAAGGCUAUUCCUAGGCGAAGAGUUAACAGUGGUGAUGCAGAAGUGGGAUCAUCUCUUCUUCGACAUCCUUCUCCGGAACUAUCUCGUCUAAUCUCAGCUCACAGUUCACUGCCCAAAGGGGAACGAAAUUUUCAGUGGCCUGUUCUAGCAUUUGUCAUACAGCACCAUGAUCUGGAAGGGUUGGAAAUGGCAAUGAAGCACGCACUAAGGAAAUCUGCUUGCAGAGUGUACGCUAUGGAGGCCUUUAACUGGCUAUUGUGCAGUGUAAUUCAGACAACUGCACUCCACGAUAUUCUGUGGCAUUUUGUGGCAUCCCUGACUCCUGCUCCUUUGGAAUCUGAGGAUGAAGAAGCUGAUGAUAACAAGGUGAACAAAGAGAAUGUAGAACAGGAAAGAGAUACUGGAGUGUGUGAACACCCAUUGUCUGACAUUGUAAUUGCUGGAGAAGCUGCUCAUCCUUUACCUGAAACGUUUCACCGGCUGCUGCAAACUAUUUCGGACCUAAUGAUGUCUCUACCCAGUGGCAGCUCACUGCAACAAAUGGCUUUACGCUGCUGGAGUCUGAAAUUCAAGCAAUCUGAUCAUCAAUUCCUUCAUCAGAGCAAUGUUUUCCACCACAUCAAUAAUAUUCUUUCUAAAUCCGAUGAUGGAGAUAGUGAAGAAAGCUUUAACAUCAGUGUGCAGUCCGGUUAUGAAGCCUUGAAUCAGCAGGAGUCCUGUACAGUAACAUGUUUGAAAGACCUCACUGGAAUUGUUGAUAUUAAGACAUCUAGCAGACCAGCUAUGAUUGGUAGUCUGACGGAUGGAUCAACAGAAACUUUCUGGGAGUCAGGAGAUGAAGACAAGAAUAAAACAAAGAGUAUAACUAUAAAUUGUGUUAAAGGAAUUUGUGUUCGCUAUGUUUCUGUUCAUGUGGACAACUCUCGAGAUUUGGGGAACAAGGUAUCUUCAAUGACCUUCUUUUCUGGAAAAGCAACCGAAGACCUAAGCAGAAUUAAACAAACUGACAUGGAUUCCAGACAUAUGGGAUGGGUAACUAGUGAACUUCCUGGAGGAGGCAAUCAUAUUAUUAAAAUAGAACUCAAGGGUCCAGAGAACACACUAAGAGUCCGACAAGUCAAGGUUUUAGGAUGGAAAGAAAAUGAAAGCAUUAAAAUUGGUGGACAGAUUUCAGCAAGUGUUGCUCAACAGAAGAACUGUGAAGCAGAGACCCUGCGAGUUUUCCGACUAAUUACAUCACAGGUGUUUGGCAAAUUGAUUUGUGGUGAUGCAGAACCCACACCUGAACAAGAAGACAAAACUAUUUUGUCUUCACCAGAGGGUGAAGAAAAGGCAUCUGAUGCUGAUUUGAAGGAACACAUGGUUGGAAUCAUAUUUAGCAGAAGCAAGCUAACGAAUCUCCAGAAACAGGUGUGUGCACAUAUAGUUCAAGCCAUACGCAUGGAAGCCACACGUGUGCGAGAAGAAUGGGAGCACGCCAUAUCUAGCAAGGAAAAUGCAAAUUCUCAACCAAAUGAUGAGGAUGCUUCUUCGGAUGCAUACUGUUUUGAACUGCUCUCUAUGGUGCUUGCUCUGAGUGGUUCCAAUGUUGGAAGACAAUACUUGGCCCAACAGCUCACGUUAUUGCAAGAUCUGUUCUCUUUGCUGCAUACUGCUUCACCCAGGGUACAAAGACAGGUGACAUCUUUACUGCGCCGUGUACUACCAGAAGUGACACCAGUGCGUCUUGCCAGUAUAAUAGGUGUGAAAUCUCUUCCACCAGCAGACAUCAGUGACAUCAUUCAUUCCACAGAGAAAGGAGAUUGGAAUAAGUUAGGAAUUUUGGACAUGUUUUUGGGCUGCAUUUCCAAAGCGCUCACUGUGCAGCUAAAAGCCAAAGGGUGUAAUUUUCCUGGCACGGUUGCUGGGAAGGGUGUAACCACGGUUACGUUACCAUCAGUCUUCAACUCUGGCUCCAUUCGACGAGGUGAAAGCCACUGGUGGAUGAAAGGCUCCACACCCCCUCAAAUUUCAGAAAUAAUAAUUAAACUAAUAAAGGACAUGGCAGCAGGACAUCUAUCAGAAGCCUGGUCACGUGUCACAAAAAAUGCUAUUGCUGAAACAAUUAUUGCCCUAACAAAAAUGGAAGAAGAAUACAGAGUGCCUAUUCAAUGUACCACAACAACAAGGUUGUGGCUAGCUCUGGCUUCACUGUGUGUGCUGGAUCAAGACCAUGUUGAUAGACUUUCCUCUGGCAGAUGGAUGGGAAGGGACGGCCAGCAAAAACAAAUGCCCAUGUGUGACAACCAUGAUGAUGGUGAAACUCCAGCAAUUAUCCACUGCAAUGUGUGUGGGAAUCUUUGCACAGACUGUGACCGUUUUCUCCACCUCCACAGAAGGACAAGAACACAUCAAAGACAGGUGUUUAAGGAAGAGGAGGAAGCAAUCAAAGUUGAUCUUCAUGAAGGCUGUGGAAGAACCAAGCUCUUCUGGCUUAUGGCACUUGCAGAUUCAAAAACCAUGAAAGCAAUGGUAGAGUUCAGGGAACAUACGGGCAAACCUGCGUCAAGCAGCUCUGAAGCAUGUCGCUUCUGUGGAUCAAGAAAUGGAACAGAGUUAUCAGCAGUGGGCAGUGUGUGCUCUGAUACAGAUUGCCAAGAAUAUGCAAAGACCGCCUGUGGAAAAACCCAUUCCUGCGGUCACCCUUGUGGUGGAGUUAAAGGCGAAGAGCAUUGUUUACCUUGUUUACAUGGAUGUGACAAAAAUGCAAUAUGUCUUAAACAAGAUGCUGAUGACAUGUGUAUGAUCUGCUUUACUGAGGCACUUUCAGCGGCACCUGCAGUUCAGUUGGACUGUAGUCAUGUUUUCCAUCUACACUGCUGUAGACGAGUUCUUGAAAAUCAGUGGCUUGGCCCAAGAAUAACUUUUGGCUUCAUGGCAUGCCCGAUAUGCAAGAACAAAAUAAAUCAUCUAGUAUUAAAAGAUCUACUUGAUCCUAUCAAAGACCUCUAUGAAGAUGUAAGGAAGAAGGCUCUAAUGAGACUAGAAUAUGAAGGUUUGCAUAAAAGUGAUGCCAUCACUACUCCGGGUGUCCGUUUUUACAAUGAUCCUGCUGGAUUUGCAAUGAAUAGAUACGCUUAUUAUGUCUGCUACAAAUGUAAAAAGGCUUAUUUUGGCGGUGAAGCAAGAUGUGAUGCUGAAGCAGGGCAAGGCGAUGACUAUGACCCACGGGAAUUGAUUUGUGGUGCUUGCUCAGAUGUCUCUAGAGCACAGAUGUGUCCCAAACAUGGUACAGACUUCUUGGAGUAUAAGUGUCGGUAUUGCUGCUCUGUGGCAGUGUUUUUUUGCUUUGGAACAACACAUUUCUGUAAUGCUUGCCAUGACGACUUCCAGAGGAUGACAAGUAUCCCUAAAGAAGAACUCCCCCGUUGUCCUGCAGGUCCAAAAGGAAAACAGCUUGAGGGAGCAGAGUGUCCUCUUCAUGUUGUCCAUCCAGCCACUGGUGAGGAAUUUGCUUUGGGUUGUGGUGUUUGCAGAAAUGCUCACACAUUCUAAGUAUGCAGCAGAGAUGCUCCUUCGCAUUUUCCAGCCUUUUAAUCUUUUCAGUUUCUGAACUGAAGUCAGUAAAUUGGAUUGGCGCACUAUUAUUUGAAUGAAAGAACAACAUGCUGUGCACAGAAAAGAACUUUAUUUUUGUGCACAUACUUAUUGCUGUAAAUGACUCGAGUUUUUCAAAAGGCUUUAAACUUGUGAAGUGUUUGCAUGCUGCCGUUACAAUCCUCGGCUGUAAGGCAUCACACACCUACACGGUACCUUGACAGAAGAUGCUUUUUCUAAAAGCGAUUGAGAUGUAUGGACAAGGACAGCUUCCAAAUUACAAAUUGAAGAAUUGCUACAAGUACACAGAGUACGACUUUUGGGUAACCCUGUACAGUAUUCUUGAAAAUUGUAACCACGUCAAGGGUUGAGAGUAUAUUCUUGUUCAUUUGAUAGACUGUUGAGGAUGUUUUAGGGCUUGUUGUCUAUGAAUAUCAUAAUGUAUAUAUGGUAUCAGUGUUAGGUGUAUUACAAAGUUGCUACGUUACACUGCAAUUUUCAUUUAAACUUCUAAGGGUUAUGUUUGAGCCUGAAAUUUUAAUGAAGUGCAAUACUGGGUGUGCCUCCUAUCUUGCAGCUGUACACAUAUGGAAUGUAUAUGUCAAUAAAACCGCUGUACAUUUUUAUACAGUGCAAAGUGUUGUGUGAAUGGGAACUCAUUCAGUCACAAAAUGUGAGUGUAUAUAUAAGCUUUGUGAAAUGGGCAACAAUACCAUUUGAGUUCUAGUAAGAAACAGGAGUUAAAUCAUUAUUUUGAAAGAGUGCUUUGCGUGAAUAGUGUGUUCACAUCUGCGAAGCAAGGCCAACAAACCGUGAAUAAUUGCUUUCAUGUUCCGGGGGCAGUAAAAUUUUUCUGUCCAACAGUAAAUCGGAGCAUAUACCUUUGCACAGUUGUCUCAAAGCAACCUCUAUCUCUGCUAAGGAAAAAUAUCAGGCUCGGUCUGUUUGUCAUCUAAGUUUCAAAAGUUUUUUUUAAUUGCAGUGAUUGGAAUUGCCAUGUAUGCUGUAAACUUACCAUAUACAAGUAGGACUUUUGCUUAGACAAAACAUGUUUAUUAAAGUACUGAACAGUGCAUCUCAA